AUGAGUUACAUAUUCCCGAUGUUUUCUGCAGAGCAGCACCAGCGGCCACGUGCAGUACGAGAGGCCUCGCUCCUUGUUUCUUCCUCUUUCCGAUGUGCAGAUCUUUGCAAGCUCGCAGGGAAGGAAAAGGAAGGCAUCCGUGAAACCGCUCCUCCCCAGGAAAAGGAAGGCCCGCUGGUUUCCCCCCUACAGGCGAAGAGCUAACGUCGAAGGUGAGUUGCACGCAUUCUCAUUGUCUUCAUAUCAGGAAGCACAAAUAUUGCUGGCUGGCUCGUGCCGUGUUCUGUGAUGUUCAGUCAGUGUGCCAGAUCCACUCCACUCGUCUGCAAGUGCUCGUCGUCGACACGGUGACCAUCUCUGCUUUGACGGAGGUAGGUACAUGGUUGCCAAACGACGAGUAGACAGGACGUCACGCAGAGAGGACGCAGAGAUGUCUGCCUGUCUGUCCCCUGGGUGUAGGUGCAGACAAGCAGAUGGCGUCUACGUCGACUGUGGUGUUUGCUGCGACUGCGCCACCGCUGCUGCCGCGGGGAUGGGUGAGACUGGAUGCCGUGGAGACCCAGUUUGAUGAGGGCACCAGCGAUGUCACCCGUCGGCUUGCCAUGGGCAUCAUCCACCGCACGCUCACCAGUGCCGCCGAGGUGACACAGCUCAUACAGCAGGGGGCAAACCCAGAUGUCCAGCUGCUGCUGACAAGAGGGCCGUACCAAGGACCCAGUCGCACGGGUUACCCUCUGCUGGCUCUUUCCAUCGAUGACAUGACCGACCACACCCUUGGCGCCAUCGAGGCACUACGAUCAGCGCAACAAUGGUCAGUGACGUACACGCAUCAGGGUGAAGUGAGUGCACGCAUUCAAUUUGCGUUCAUGUGUGUCAGGUCUCCCGUCGCCAUGCCUCGCUGGCUAUCUACUGACCUCCAGGACGCCGUCAUGAAUGCCCUCAUCGAUGGCGGGGCUGACAUGAACGCGGCGGAUAUCCUUUCACAACACAGACCCCUCCAAGUCGCCGUGGCGGCGGGCAACCAGGCGGCACUCGGUCUUCUGAUGGCGCGCAACGUACAGCUGCGAGGGUUCAUGAUAAUGCAGCUGCCAUUCGAGGCGGAAGUCACAUUCCGUCCUACCCCUGCCCUCGAGAGCCAGCUGCUAUGCAUCUAUCGCCGGCUUAUCCAACACGACAGCACACUGGCAGACGAAGGCAACGGAUGGGGCUCAUUCGACCAUGUGAUGCGUUCUGCAGCGAUCAGAGGCAGAGAGUACUCGCCGGCCUUUCUCGAUAGCUACCUGGAUCUGCUGGUGGGCAACGGCGCGAACAUUAUGGCUGCGGACGGGGAUGGCCAGACAGCAUUCCAUUGGGCGGCCUUCGCCGGGGCCCAUCGCGUGAUUCAUUGGAUGUCUCGGCACGUUUCGGCUGGGGAGAUCAAUAGACGGACGAAUCAGGGUGCUGACGGAUAUACGGCCCUCGACGGAGCUGCCUCUCAGCUCGACUGGUUCACCGAGUGGGUGCGGAGAGCCGACUUUGUGUCGGAAGAAGAGGAGGAGAACAUUCGCAGGAGGAUACCUGUCCAGAAGACUUGCAUCCUUGUGCUGCUAAGAGGCGGUGCAGCCCCAUCGAUUGCCCACCUUCCUACAGCAACCGAGGCGGACCGCCGUCGCCGCCAGCUGGUGCUCACCGAGUACGCGACAGUGCUGAAUGAGCUGCGUGAUGUCGUCAUGGAGGCGAUCAACACCGCCCUCGCACCCCAGCGCGAUUACUCGAUGCUUCUCACGCGUCUACUGCCCCUGGCGCCGCACCACGAUGGCCACGCCACUCACCCAUCCCCCUCCAACCUCUCAUUCGGACCACAGGAGGCAGAGGCCAUCGCAUGGCAUGUCGAGUCAUUCCUGUAUCAGCCCUUAACAGCCAUGGCGACCAUCGAUGAGUACCUGAUUGGCGACUCGGUGCUGAGGCAGCAUGUGCGGGCGGCCGUGGCGCAAUUCGUCAGGCAGGCGGCCACACGUACGGCGAGCAAUAGGGAGGUGGUGGGCGGGACGCGUCAAGAGGGCGGGCAGACGGUGCGCGUGCCUCCCUUGCAGUGCUUUGCCAUUGGGAGCGGCAAUGGGGCCCGUGCGGUGCGCAUGGUGGGUGUGCGUGAGGUGGUGCAUCGAGCCCGGCUGGACGAGGCGGACCAACACGGCGUGGCGGGUGUGAUCAAGGGCUUCAAUGAGCAUCUUGGGGAUGGGGACUGCCAGUUUCAGUGGCAGCAGCUGGGGUACAUGACCAGGGGCGUGUUCGUGUCGCUGGGCUUCACGUGAAAAAAGGCUGAGUGGCUGUGGCUGACGGACGAGUGUUUUAAUGCUGUCACUUUGCGUCACACAAUAGAGGAUGGGUGCAUGUGGUGGGGCUGAGGGGUUGACAGGGAGGGAGGCAGCCCGCUGCCUUGCUGUGGACCUGUGGCUGCAUCGCUGCAUGGCCGCUGAUAUGUCAUGGUAUCUGUCUGUGAGCGUGUGCGUCUGUGUGUGUGUGCUUCGUGUGUGUAUGUCAUUCGUUCAUUCAUUCAUUCAUUCAUUCGAGCGUCCUCAUGAACACACUGCAGGUGACACACUUCGUCUUCACGUUGACUUGCCAAUCAAAUGUUUGCGUGGG